ACUAAGAUAUAGUGCAUUGAUAGAGUUAUUAUAUAUAUUUAGUGCUUAAGAUGAAAUCUUAAGAUACGGUGUAUCUGUAGUAGCCUUAGGGUGGUGCCACUGAUUUCCAAGAAAAACUGUGGCCGGUGGCACGCUACUCGUCGUUCCCACACACACACCACCACUCCCGCGGCUGCGCUUCCUCGUUAAAACCCUUCACACAAACCGACUCCCGUUCAUCAAAGCAAAACAUCGCAGGCUACCACAUCACAUCACAUCAACACUUGCCCUGCCUUUCACCUAUGGCACCCACGGCGGCCGAAUCACGCCUGACCCUGGUGGCAAUCUUCCUUCCGACCUUGGCGUCGACCCUUCUGCUGAAGCCAGUGGCGGCGAACCAGGACGUGGACGCGCUCUCGGCCCUGAGGAGAGGCCUACAGGAGUACCCCAAUGGCGAGUUGAAGAACUGGGACGCGAACCUGGUGGACGCCUGCACCUGGUCCCACAUCACCUGCGACCGCGAUAACAAUCGCGUCACCCGCAUAGAUCUUAACAAAAUGAACCUGUCCGGACCUCUGGCGCCGGAGCUUGGGAAACUGGACCGGCUACAAUAUUUGGAAAUCGAUCACAACCGUUUGACAGGGCCAAUCCCAAGGGAGCUGGCUGGGCUGUCCAACCUGAAACAUGCGGAUUUCUCGAACAACAACCUCUGCGGCCCGAUUCCGACGACUGGAGCGUUUCAACGCAUACCUCGGAGUAGAGGCAUUGGCCGCCUGAACCUGUCCGGACCGCUGGCGCCGGAGCUUGGCCAACUGGACCGCCUAGAAUAUUUGCACAUUUAUGACAACCACUUCACCGGCCCGAUCCCAAAGGAACUGGUUGGGCUCUCCAACCUGAUAAAUGCGGAUUUCUCAAACAACAACUUCUGCGGCCCGAUUCCAACCUCUGGACCGUUUAAGCACAUACCUCGUCGUAGCUUUGCCAACAACCCGCGCCUGGGCAAGAAGUGCUAGAUGGCGCUGGUCGUCUGAGUGAAAUAAACUGGCGGUAGCAUGCAGCUGGCGAAGCGGGCGGCGUCGGUUCAUGGAGUAGCUGGAUUCGUGAGCGAGGUUAAGCUGUGUGCGCCCGCGCCAGAGUAGACAUGUUGAUUAGUUUCUGUUCUGUACAAGCUGUGAUCGAUGUGGCUGUUGCUGUUCCUGUUCCCCUAAUAAAAUCGCCAGCUGAUGCUCGAGCCUAUGGCCCUGUUUGGAUCCCAAAGUUCGAGUUAG